CAAUUAUCGGGAAUUAUUAUAAAAACUAGAAAAUCCCUCCUGCGUUCGCAUUUUUUGUUUGGAAAUCUGUGGAUUAAGAUGAAGAUUGCCAUCGUCCUCCUCAGUGCCUUCGCUCUAGCCCAAAGUGCGGCCAUCGACGAUGUCAGCCCCUAUUUGGACGGCGGCCCAGUCGCAACUGCUGGUCAAUUUCCGUGGCACGUUCAAAUUGUCCCCGUCAAUGUUAAUGCGAACUUUUCUGGAAUCCUCAUCGCUCCUAAUUGGGUGCUGACCUGUGCUGCCUGUAUCAACAAAUCUCCCAUUGGGCACGAUUUGAUCUUCGGAGCUCUCGACUUGGACAACGAUGCUGAGCCAAACAGAAUUACGAGAAGCAUCGGCCCUGACGAUGUCAUCACUUUCCCUGAUUACGACCCAAGUCAAUUCAACGUCAACAACAUCGCGCUUAUUAAACUGCCCGAGCCAAUUGUGUCUAGCUUUUACGUUGGAUAUAUUGGCGGGCUAGGUGAGGCAUCCAGCACAUACGAAGGUGAUAUUGCAAGGAUAUCUGGCUUUGGAUUCGAGUCCACAAGUGUUACCUCCGGGCAGCAACUUCUCAGAUACACUGAUUUGAACAUUUCUCCAGACUCAGAGUGCAGGAACUUGGAAACAGGACAGAUGUGCGCUACGCUUGUUACUCCUGAAACUGGACCUUGCAGGGACGAAGGCUCCGCUCUUUACGUGUCUGGAACUGCUGGAACUGGAGUCGCCAUUGGAAUCUUCUCCUACGGUUAUGCAGAAGGCGGUUGCCCUGGAUCCACUACCCUGUUCACCAGGGUAUCCAAUUACCGUGAAUGGAUCGACAGCACCAUUAAUGGUGCUUCAUCAACAACACCAGCAGUUUCUGAUACUACUCCGGCAGUAUCUGAUACUACGGCAGCUACUGAUACUACAGCAGUAACUGAUACUACGGUAGUAGUCACAGAUACUACACCAGUUGAGACAACUCCUGCAUUGACAGUGCGAAAUUUGCAUUAAACUACAGCAUCUAAUUUUUAAAUUGUCUAUAAAAUUGCAGCAUUAAAUCAUAAAACUGGCAAGCACUGUGAAAAAAUAAACCGUUCUCUUUGAAUUAAAAUAAAUUUCAUUUGGGCAAAUUACCGUAUGAAA